AUGAGUGCUUAAGUGUUAUUUAGGGUGAAAUGCUCCACAGAAUUUAGUUAAAUGGUGAGAAUUGUUGGAAACUCUUCAUAAUUAGGGAAUUGGAAUCCAUAACAAGGAUUUAAAUUAAUAACUAAUAAUGAAAUGUAUCCUAUUUGGUAUAGUGAUUUCGCUUUGGAAGUUGAACUCAGUAUAGAUUUUUUGUAUGUUUAGAUUAACUUGUUGAAUUCAAACUAAUUAUCACAGAUGGGUUUAAUUCAUUUUGGGAAUGUGGUGAAAACAGAUACCUAUAGAUAUAAGGAUAGAAAAUGGUGGUUGUUUUGACUUAUAAUAUGCCAUCCAUCUUUAUUUAUAACUUAAAAAGAAUAUUUUCAGACAAUGAUCUCACAACUAUAGCAUAAGGUAAUAUAUAUUAAAUAAAAUUUAGGUCGAACAAGAAAGGUUUCAUUAUAGCUAUAGGAUAAGUUGUUUGAUUCAGAUGAUGACUCAGUAAUAUUUUAUUAAUAUUGUAGGAUUCCGAUUAAGAAAGUGAUGUUAAUUCCAUAUUUUAAGAUGAAAUCAUUUCAUGCAAUUCAAGUGAGAACAUUACAAAUUCUUCUAAUCUCGAGCCAACCUUUUAUGGUGAAUAUUGA